AUGCCAAGCCAAGCAAUUCCAUGGAUCGCGAACGAGUGCUUCACCACGACUCUCCAGAGCGGACUCGCAAAACCCACCAAGCCAGAGCCCUUCUUCCCCUGGUCAGAGGAGGAUGCAUGUUAUACCAAGCUAUUCAGAGCCUGGGACAACUUACCCAUCCACGAUGCGUCUACGGAAACCGGCCUACUGAUGGAGCUGGAUCACAUCAUUUCGCAUUUCGACUCCUACAUCGGUCACAGCGAUCUUGGCUUCCGGUCCUGGGUGAAACGGCACCAACUUGCCAUGGAACUUGAGUUGGUGGAGAUGCCGACAUGGCCAAAGCUCUACACCCUGCAGGGCGACGAGAAGAAGUGGCGAGAUGAAGCAUGGGUCAGCCGUUACAGCUUCCUGGUCCGCCAGCGCGAAAUUAUCGCCAAAUGCAGGUUGCAGCGCAUGACAGGCUGCACACUGGAGGACAAGAAGCGGUUCUUCGGGCUGUCAUGGGCGUAUCCGCGACAGACUCUUCGAACGGUAAAUACCAAGCAUCCGGCGCGACUGCGGAAUCGUUGGUACGAGCCGCUCGAAUACUGCCUCGCAAGAAUGGCGCACGGAUCAUGCGGACGACUGGACUUGAAUUCGCUUCAUGCUGAGUUUUAG